AUGGCUGCAGGGACAGGGAGCCGCUUGGACACAAUCUCACAGGCCGCGUCAUAUCAGGAAUACAUCAGGAGAUACAGUCUGCCCCCGGGCCACGUGGGAAAGAGGGAAGGCGGCCUAAAUGAGAAGAUUUUGGACAGAGUACAAGUGACCCGUGUGGUCCCUGGCCAUGCUUCCAUCUUUGCUCUUGUCCUGUCCGAUACUUGUUCCGCUAUUUCCCUACUGGCUACGUCUCCUUCCACGUCUGCUCUGCCGCUCUGUCGUGGUGUCUAA